AACCCUAACCUAUCCUACCCUAAUCGGCCGCCGCUCAUCCUCUUUUCCUCUCCCCUCUCGUUUUUCUUCCUCCCUCUUCUUCACUCUUCUUCUCUUUCAGAGAAGAAACUCAACCAACCCUACCCAUCAUCAAACACCGCUGCCGCUAUCCCCUUUGGAUUCAUGAAAAAGGACCACUCUAGUCUCCCUAAAUCGAUCAGAAGUCAACGAUCUAGGUAAGAUCCUCGACAUGCAUGUUCUUUUCACUUUGUUUUAGGUGAUUGUAUUUAGGAUUCAACUACUAUUUUUUUGGGUUUUUGACUCUGGUGCGAGGGGAGGAGGAUCUUAGGAGGCGCUGGAGUAAAUCCGCCGGUGGGAGGAGAGGAGGAAGGUAAGUUUAAUUUGGCUCGAUUUUGUAUUUUGAUUUUUAUUUAUGGGGUUCUGCUAAUUUUCUUUCAUUUUCUUAUGUUUUGUUUCUUGGAUUUGGCUGCUAAGAACUCCGGCGGUGAACCCUCGCCGACGAUGGUUUGACGUUAGAUUGACAGAUUAUGGAGAUGGACGGAUCUAGGUGAGGCUCUUUUAACCUUGGUUUUGGUAAGAUUAGAGAAUUUCAAAUCUCAAAACUAGAUUAUUGGUGGCGGAUUUGGAACACUUUAUAGAUCUGGAUUUUAGGAAAUAUGGUUGUGUAUACCUAUUAUGGAUCUAGGGUUAUAUAUAAAAAAACGAAAUACUUUAUAUUUCUGCUGGAAAAUAAAACGAAACUAGUUUUCUUCUUAUAGUCACAGCCGCUGCUUGUGAUUUUUGCUAGGCUAGGAUUAAUUUACAAAAAAAGUGUUGUGGAAUUAUGGAUCUGGAAUUCACUGUGAAAUUGGGGUCUUUGUGAACAAGAUUACUAAGAGGAUUACGACCUGGCAAGCUAAAACCCUUAGCUAUGCAGGGCGGAUUCAAUUAAUUUCUUCUGUUAUUACCAGUGUAUUUCAGUAUUGGAUGGCGGUUUUCCUCUUGCCAAUGCGAGUCUUGAAGUCUAUUGAGGAGGUGUGUAACAAAUUCUUGUGGGGGGUUGGAGUGAAUGGGCGAAAGAGAGCACCAGUGUCCUGGUCCAGGGUUGCUAUGCCUAAAAUGGAGGGUGGAUUAGGGAUUAGGGACUUCAAAACAUGGAACAAAGCAUGUGUUUUAAGGCAUUUGUGGAAUUUGCUUGCUAAGGCUGGUUCACUAUGGGUUGCUUGGAUCCAGAAGUAUAGGAUCAAAGGGAAUGAUUUAUGGGGGAUUGCUGCAAACUCUGUAAGCUCAUGGGUGUGGAAGAAGGUCCUUAAAUGCAGGGAAGUGGCUCAUGCUCAUGUGAAUGGGACAGGUAGUAGCCUGACUUGGGAUGGAAAGAAGUUGGUGAAGUAUUCAGUUAAGACUGUUUGGAAUUCCAUACGUAUCCCCUCCUCUUCAGUUGACUGGUUCUCUGUGUUAUGGGGUAAGCCAUUUAUAAUGAAGCACAGUCUAUUGGUCUGGUUGGUGGUUCUAGAUAGAAUUACUACGAAGGAUCACCUUGCUAGCUGGGGCUUGACAGAUGUGAAUAGCUGUGUUUUAUGCCCUGGUGGACUUGAAAGCAGGGAUCAUCUUUUUUCCUUGUGUUCGUUUAGUAAAGCUGUCUUUCAAGUUGUGUUGAAGAAAAUUUGCAGGUGGCCGGAUUUCACAGAUUGGAGUUCCCAUUUGAGAUGGGUGGUGCAGCGAUGGUCGGGUACAACUUCGCCUGCUAAGAUUGGGCGGUUAUUGUGGGUGAUGUGCUGUGCUUACAUUUGGAGGGAAAGGUGCACUCGCGUCUAUGGAGUCAAGCGAAUUUCAGACCCUUCUCAACUUUCAGUUGCUGUUAUGCAGGAGUUCGAGAUAUAUGCUAGUAGUACUAUAGAAUUACAGAAAAUGGCAUCAGUUGUAAUGAGCUGAUAGGGUUUUGAUUUCUUUUGGUUGGCAUAGAUAUUAGUAUAGGUUUACUGUGUAAAGAAUGUUGAUCUUUUGAGAGGGUGAUGCGAGUUGCAUCUCCCUGGGCUUUCAAUGCAAUUUUGAUUAACCAUCAAAAAAAAAAAAAAAAAAAAAAAUUGGGGUCUUUGUAUGCUUUGGCUCUUCAAUA